ACCAUAUUUUGUGUUGUAGAGGUCCGAAAUGGAAACUAACUGGAUUAACUACAAGUGUAAAUCAGGUCAGACUUUGUUUAUCUACAACAAAGUGACUGGAGAACACAAGUGGCCUACUGGCGAUGGUUCAAUACUGGAUGGAGGUGUCAUUGAAGGUCAACCAAUAGUAUUAAAACAGACCUGCAGUACYAGUWCACAGACAGAUGAUAAUGGCUGCAAUAAUGGUUGUACUUCCAUGUACAUCAAUGCAUCUUCUACAAAUACCAACUCAAAUACAUCAACUCUAAACAAYCGUGAAGCCAUGAGYGAAGUCACUGAUAAUUGUCAAGAAGAGCAGGAACAGAGUCUAGUUUUGAAUGAAAUAUCAGCCAUGUUGGCCUUAUUAGAGGAGUUUGAGAUGCCUCUUGGUAAUGAUCAAAAUAUYCCAGAAGAUUCAGACUUCUCWAUAGGGUACAUCCCAAAUAAGGACAAAGAACUACCRCAACAGGAUCAAAGRCAGAGUGACGAGGUAUAUCAAUGUUCACAGCRURCWSAACACUUUGUAAACAAGAGUAACUUUGACGAACAUCCAAGACAACAUACAGAAAAAAAGCAAUUUCAGUGUAAUUUCUGCGAAAGAAAGUUUGUACACAAAGCCCCCUUCAARGYUCAUCUCAAAACACAUUCAAGGACUGAACAGUUCAAUUGUCCUCAUUGCACAAAGAUCUUCACUGCAAAAUCUCAGCUAAAUUAUCACAUGAAAACGCACUCUGAAGGGAAACCUUUCGAUUGUUCWUAUUGCAAGACAAAGUUUGCGCACCAGGCACCUUUCAAAGCUCACCUCAAAACACAUAAAUGUACUGACCAGAAGGCCUACAAAUGUCCYCUGUGUGAAAAAUCAUUUGAUUGGAAAUGCACUUUAAGUAAGCACUUAAAAUUACACAGGGAAGAAAAUCUCUUUCAAUGCCCCUCUUGCCAGAAACAAUAUUCAUCAAAAGGUAAUCUCAAUAAGCAUCUUAAAUUACAUACUGGAGAGAAGUCAUUUCAGUGCCCUCGAUGUAAUAAGAGGUUUAAUGGCAAGAGUCAUUUGAAUCGUCAUCUAAAAUCGCACACCGGAGGGAAGGCGUUUGAAUGUUCAAGUUGUCAGAAGAACUUUAAUUCAAAACGUAGCCUGGAUAGACAUCUUAAAUCGCACACCGGAGGGAAGGCGUUUGAAUGUUCAAGUUGUCAGAAGAACUUUAGUUCAAAACAUAUCUUGGAUAGACAUCUUAAAUCGCACACCGGAGGGAAGGCGUUUGAAUGUUCAAGUUGUCAGAAGAACUUUAGUUCAAAACUUAGCCUAAACAGACAUCUAAAAUGGCACAACGGAAGGAAGCGAUAUCAAUGUCCUCACUGUGAGAUAAAAUUCACAUUAAGAUCGCAUUUGACCGAUCAUCUCAAAUCUGCGCACGCUGGAAAGAAAACGGCAUUUGUAUGCCCACACUGCGGGAAGUCGUUUUCCAGAAAAAGCGGUUGCAAGCGACAUCUUAUAGUUCAUACUGGAGAGCGGCCCUAUAARUGCACGCGUUGCGAGAAAAGAUUUCAAUCAAAUGAUCAUUUAAAAAGUCAUCUGAGAACUCACGAAGGAGUCAGAUCCUUUGAAUGCCAUCUGUGUAAAAGAARGUUUGUGCACAGAGGCAAUUUGAAUACUCAUAUCCAAACACACUCUACUGAGAAGCCAUUCAAGUGCUCUCAAUGUGAAGAUCAUUUUGCAAGACUCGAACUUUUAAAGAGUCAUCUUAGAAUACAUGACGUCAAUAGAGUAAUAUUUAAAUGUUCUAAUUGCGAAAAGRCGUUUUUGAACAAAGACAGUUUAAAAAUACAUUUAAGAAUCCAUAGUGGAGAGAAGCCAUUUGAAUGYUCGUAUUGUGACAUGAAAUUUGUGAGUGGAGGUAGUUUGAGGCAGCAUCUGAGAAAGCACACAGGAGAGAAGCCAUUUGAAUGCUCUCAGUGUGGAAAAAAGUUUAAGCAGUCAUGCCAUUUGAAGGAGCAUCGUCGCAUACAUUCUGUAGAGAAACCAUUUAAAUGUUCCUAUUGCGAGAAGCAGUUUCGUUCCAGGACGUCUUUCACGUAUCAUACCAGAUUUCACACGGGCGAAAAGUUGUUUGAAUGUCCUCAUUGUAAGGUUAAAUAUGCAAGUAAAAGCUCUUUCAACAUACAUCUUAAAAGGCAUGACGAAAAAGGAAAGAAAAGGCCUUAAAACGUUCUUAUUGUGGCAAGACUUUUAAAAGGAAAUCUGAUUUAUCUAACCAUCUCAAGAUGCUUUGCGAAGACUUUUUCAUGCAAACGUGUUUACUUACGAUUGCACAUGAAAGGCUGUAACUCGUUCACUAUUAAACUGAUUUACAUCAAAUUUUAGAAAUUUGCAUUUCUCAACAAGUGCUUUCUUUCUAUGUAUGAUUAUAUAUUUAGAGGAUUUUGCCCAGUCCCCCACGGUUUGAAAUCCGGCAAUGGUAUCGAGAUUCCUGAGUCGGAGCCAGUGCGGAUCUACUCGUUACAUACGUGCAUCACAUGUCCAAUCGCGAACCUUGUUGGAGUUUUAGCAAAUUAAAACAAUAAUCAUGAUUGGG